UGCAGGAAGUAAAGAAAGAGUGUCAAGACCUUACCUGAGAUAAGUCUGGCACAUCUGCAUGUAUCCCAUCACUCACACAAGAGACGCAGGCUUUAACGCUCCGGCUACAGAUCAGGAGGAUGAGAGCUGCUCAAUUUGUGCUUUUCCUGCUGCUCCUGCUGACAGACAGCAAUCAGUCAGAGACUGCUGUGGAUCCCCUAGUAAACACCACAAGCAGCAGUACAAUACCCCCCCAGGUAGUUCCUGAUAAUGCAACUACACCAGACGUCAUCCUUACCACACUACUAGCAUCUCUUAGCUCAUCCAUGUAUACUACACCUACUGGCUCAACUGUGCAAACUACAACAUGUAUGCUACAGUGCAUACAACAGCAAACAAGUCCAACUUCUACCACAUCAACAACAACUACUACAACAAUCCCAACUCCAACUGAAUCAACAACAGACAGUACAGCAAUCUCAACACCUACCAGCACAAUAACAGAAACUACUACAAGCUCAACCCCAACACCUACCAGCACAAUAACAGAAACUACUACAACAAGCUCAACCCCAACACCUACCAGCACAACAACAGAAACCACCACAACAAGCUCAACUACAACACCUACCAGCACACUAACAGAAACCACCACAACAAGCUCAACCCCAACACCUACCAGCACAAUAACAGAAACCACCACAACAAGCUCAACCCCAACACCUACCAGCACAACAACAGAAACCACCACAACAAGCUCAACUACAACACCUACCAGCACACUAACAGAAACCACCACAACAAGCUCAACCCCAACACCUACCAGCACAACAACAGAAACCACCACAACAAGCUCAACUACAACACCUACCAGCACAACAACAGAAACCACCACAACAAGCUUAACUACAACACCUACCAACACAACAACAGAAACCACCACAACAAGCUCAACUACAACACCAACCAGCACAACAACAGAAACCACCACAACAAGCUCAACUCCAACACCUACCAGCACAACAACAGAAACCACCACAACAAGCUCAACUCCAACACCUACCAGCACAACAACAGAAACCACCACAACAAGCUCAACCCCAACACCUACCAGCACACUAACAGAAACCACCACAACAAGCUCAACUCCAACACCUACCAGCACAACAACAGAAACCACCACAACAAGCUCAACUCCAACACCUACCAGCACAACAACAGAAACCACCACAACAAGCUCAACUCCAACACCUACCAGCACAACAACAGAAACAAACCACCACAACAAGCUCAACUACAACACCAACCAGCACAACAACAGAAACCACCACAACAAGCUCAACUCCAACACCUACCAGCACAACAACAGAAACCACCACAACAAGCUCAACUACAACACCUCCCAGCACAACUCCAACACCUACCAACUCAACAACAGAAACCACCACAACAAGCUCAACUCCAACACCUACCAACUCAACAACAGAAACCACCACAACAAGCUCAACCCCAACACCUACCAGCACAACAACAGAAACCACCACAACAAGCACAACUCCAACACCUACCAGCACAACUCCAACACCUACCAACUCAACAACAGAAACCACCACAACAAGCUCAACUCCAACACCUACCAGCACAACAACAGAAACCACCACAACAAGCUCAACUCCAACACCUACCAGCACAACAACAGAAACCACAACAACAAGCUCAACUCCAACACCUACCAGCACAACAACAGAAACCACCACAACAAGCUCAACUACAACACCAACCAGCACAACAACAGAAACCACCACAACAAGCUCAACUCCAACACCUACCAGCACAACAACAGAAACCACCACAACAAGCUCAACUACAACACCUCCCAGCACAACUCCAACACCUACCAACUCAACAACAGAAACCACCACAACAAGCUCAACUCCAACACCUACCAACUCAACAACAGAAACCACCACAACAAGCUCAACCCCAACACCUACCAGCACAACAACAGAAACCACCACAACAAGCACAACUCCAACACCUACCAGCACAACUCCAACACCUACCAACUCAACAACAGAAACCACCACAACAAGCUCAACUCCAACACCUACCAGCACAACUCCAACACCUACCAGCACAACAACAGAAUCCACCACAAAAAGCUCAACUACAACACAUACCAGCACAACUCCAACACCUACCAGCACAACUCCAAAACCUACCAGCACAACUCCAAAACCUACCAACUCAACCACAAAGACCUCAACAAGCCCACCUCCACCUGCUGGCACUGCGACAUAUAUAAUACGAGUGACUGUCAUCUCUGGGGCUGGAAAAGAUGUUGCAUUGGCCAACUUGGUAAACUAUGCUGCACAGCUGCAGAAGAAUGCAUUGAGUUCAUGUACAAAUUGCACACUGGACAUCGUAAGCAUCCAAUAAAAAACGCAUACAACCAGCCAAUUUCUACCAGUUACCUUCAUAUUCUGCCAUCUUUUUCACAUAGCAGUUUAGCUGGAGCUCACUUCAUACAGCAUGAAUAAAAUAUAAGUCACAUGUUGUUUUUGUAUUAUAUCUGAAAAAUAUUAUAUUUGAGAUGUUAAAAGCUGUAAAUUAUAUUAUAAAUGUUUUUCGAGCUCCUGAAAUGUUAUGAAGGUCUGAAAGUUGAAUACUUGAAGCUACUGUGUGUAUUAUAAACUGUGUGUAAAAUGUAAAUAAAUGUAAAUAAAACCAAA